AUGAAACGUUCAAAAAAUAGUCGUCUAUAUGUACCAACACCAAAACUACGUGUUAGAGCUACUAGAAAACUAAGAGCUACUGAAGAAGACGAAUCUUUUAUAUCUGAUAACAUUUCAGGACAUGACAAUACAGAUGACAUUCCAGAAUACAAUUAUACAGAAUAUAUUUCCAAUUUCAGAGGAAACACUGGUGAGGCUGAAAGCUCAUCAGAAAUGACAAAUGAGACAUUGACACUGGCUACUGAUACUACAGAAGAAAUUUUAAUGAAAAAUAUUGAUGAUUCACAUAGGUCAUUACUUGAUAUUGUAGAAGAAGAUGAAGAAGAUGAUUCAAUGAAUAAUAGUGAUGUGCUGGAAGAAGAAUCUUCUAAUUUCGAAGGUUUUGAUAGUGAAUACGGUCCAUAUUUUCCAAAUUUUACAUCAACAAUGAUUUUUAUUUGGAUUACUAAACAUAUGAUUUCAACAUCUGCGUAUGAGGAUCUUGCCAAGAUUCUCACACAUCCUGAGUAUCGAAAGGAGGAUAUCACUAAAAAUAUUCGUCAGAUACGAAAAUGGAGAGAUAGGCUACCUCUAGUCAAAGUUCGCAAACAUGAUGUACCUCUCAGCAUGCAGCGGACACCAUCCACAUAUGCAUCUACAAAAAAAGCAUUUACAAUUUCUCCACUUACGCAUCUGGAGCUUGCAAAUGAAAAACGAGAAUUCUGGCAUGGUGAACUCUGGCAGGAUUUAUUAUUAUUUGGAGAAAACAAGAUUAGAACUACAAAUGAAGAAUUUUAUAAAGCAGGCGAAUUUUUAAUAUUUCGUGAGCAAUCAUCCACAUUUAUGUGUCGAGUACGUAGUGUAGUGAAUAAUGAAAUGGAUAAUAAUACACUUAAACUAAAGUUAUGGUUAGUUGAAGGAGAAGCAAAAUUGGUAAACCCAUCAAAUGUAGUACAACACAUCGUUGUUUGGUUAUGUGACAUGCCAGAACCUGAUGAAUACGAUUUUUAUAUUAAAGAAAUUGUAUAUAGUUUUGAUAGCAGGUGGAAAUAUCGUGAUAUAGCAUCAAGACAUCGAUUACCUUAUGAAAAUAUUACAAUUAUGCAGUCACAACAGAACCUGCCCAUCUUAAAGGUAUUUCUUGAUAUAUAUGUUGAUGAUUUUGGUACUUACAGAAAUGUGUACCAUUCCUUAGGUGGUGUUUACUUACAAAUUGGAAACAUGCCAUCAACUCUUCGAAAACAAUUAAAGAAUCAUUUUUUAAUAGGAUUUGUUCCAUUUGGAGCAAAUUUUAACGAUUUUAUAAAACCCAUAGUUCAAGACAUAAAGUCCUUAGAAAAUGGUCGUGUAAUGCAAACUUUAUAUGGUGAUGCAUGGGUAAUAGGUGGUAUUGGAUGUGUUACUGCUGACUUGCCACAAGGCAAUGAUUUAGCAGCUGUAAAACGACAUGGAGCUAAUCAUGGGUGUCGAACAUGUAAUGUUUCAAAUGACCAAUAUACUGAUCCAAACUAUAAUUACAUUAAGAAUGCUCGUUUUCAACAGCAAACAAAUGAACGAAUUGCAGAGAUUGAAAGUCAACAUUUAAGAAUGGAUCAGGAUCGACUAGCUACCAAAUAUGGAUUAAUAAAACCAGGUCCUCUCAAUGAUUUGAAAUGGAAUCAACACCUCCAAACACCACAAGAUGCGUACCAUUCUAUGGCUGGAAAGGCACGUACUCUAUUAGAAGUAACAUUUAACAUUUUUAAUACAAAUGGUGAAAAUGAUUUUUUAGAGUAUUGGAAACGUAUUGAAAAACCCUCCCACUGGAGUAGAAUGCCUAAUCCAUUGCGACAUCGUCAAAGUUUCAUGUUUUCCGAUGUGUUAAGUCUUGCAAUGCUAAUGCCGUUUAUACUCCAGCGCUUUUUAGAAUCUUGUCAUAUAAAGACAGAUGCUUUGAAUAACUGGCAUAAAAAUUCUGGAAUAAGACGAAAUUUAGUUGCAUCAAAAUUAUGUGCAUGUUGGGCUAUUGAAGCAAAAGCACUAAAACUUGCAUUUUCAACCACUAUGACGGAAAAUACUUAUCAAGAAUUGCAAGAAACACUAAAAAAAGAACGAGAGAUACUAAUACAAAUAUUCCCAGAUACCUUCACCAAUCUGCCUAAUUUGCAUGUAAAUAUGCACCUUUUACAGCAUGCUCGUAAUUUUGCAACACUCGUAAAUACUGCUGUUGGUGUAAAAGAGAUGGUACAUCGUAUAUUUAAAACAAUGGUACCACAUAUGAACUGUAAAGAAAUCGAACUUGACCUUACACGACGGUAUAAUACAAUUCAGGUAUUACGGCAUCUCAUUGAUGGUUGGACAGAUCCUCGUUUUAAUACAAGACCAAAUGCAUUACCUAAACUUAUUGCAGAUCCAAAUAUUUACACGAUAUUAACUGCUUGGUAUGCUACAGAAAAUUUUAAUACUAUAAAUAGUCAAGAAUUCGAAGACAAACAGGAUGACGAUAAUAUUACCAUAUGCUGCCAUAAUAGCAAUUUUAUUGAUAUUUCAUUAAAUAGUCGAUGGAGUGCCAAAAAAGUUAAUGACAGAGGACUAUCAAAGAAGUUGGAUUAUAAGCAUCCAUUUUUUCAAGAUAUUUCUGUAUCAUAUAGGGAACACUUCAAUUCAAAAGAAGCAAUACUAAAUAGGAAGUUAGAAUUUUAUAAUUCUAUUUCCUAUACCUUCCUUAAAGAUGGUCAAGACCCUAUCCGAUUGAAAAUUCAUAUUGGUGAUAUUGUGGAGCUACCUGAAGAAUCCGAAGGUAUCGCAUAUGCCAAAGCAACAAACAUUAUGGAUUCUGUAUUAGAAUGCCCAUUUUAUAAUAUUCAGAAACCUGAAGAAUCACGGUGGUUUCAAAUUUUUCCAAUUACGUUUAUUGAUCGCAAUCCAUGUGUAUUCUUUAUACACAAUUGUGGGAAUACAUGUAAUACUGAGCAUGAUGAAGAAAAUCGAAGUUAUAUUUUAAACAGAUAUUAUUAUAAUGCAUGGAUUGAUGGUCCAAAAAUAAUAUACAAUAAAGGAUGGAAAACCCGUAAAUCUGAAUCUACCAAAGUUGCAUUGAAAAGGUUAAAUGGAUCAGAGAAUAUGUCAGCUGAAUAUUUAAAUGAGAUUAAAAUACUUUGGGAUUUAUGUCAAAUAAACGAUGGAUGUCUAAGUUUUUAUGGAAUGACUAAAGAUCCAGAAACUGAAGAACUUAUAAUAAUUUCAGAAUAUGCAGAUAAAGGAAAUUUGAGAAGCAUUCUUUUACACAAUUUCAAUAAUACUUUGUGGAAAGAUAAAUUACUUUAUUUACAUUGGAUAACACAUGGCCUUAAAACGUUACAUGAAUUAGGAUAUUUUCAUAAAGAUUUUCACAGUGGAAACUUUGCAGAAACUUGA